UACAUUAGAUUUUUUUUAUAUAUUAUUACCUUUAAUAUAAAACAAUAUAUAGUACGAUGAUAAUUUCUAUUUUAUAAUAAAUUAAAUAAAUAUUAUGUAUUCAUUUUAGUACAAUUUAGUAAAAUAUGCCAUGUAAAUUUUAAAUAUUACAAUUGUUUCAUAUGUAAAUAAAUCAUUUUUAUUGUUAUUUUCAUACAAAUAUCUCAUUAAUAAAGUUAUGGGAAAUACAAAUGCUAACCAGCGACACAAAUCAGCAGGUCUAAUUGUUCCAUCUUCACCGUCUAAGGAAGUACAAAGUCAAGCUUUUGUGUUUGAUAAAAAUUCUGACUCAAAUUUACUACAUGAAGCUAAACCAUUGUUUACUAAAAACACUUCAAAGUCAAAUGAUCAUGAUUUCACUGAUGGAAUAUCAAGAUCUAUGUCAGCUAGUGAUACUGAAAAUAAAAUGUUACCAACAGUUUUUAGAUGGGAAGGAGGAGGUAAACAAGUGUUCAUCAGUGGUACAUUUUCAGAGUGGAAACCAAUUCCUAUGGUUCAAAGCCACAAUGAUUUUGUUACUAUUAUUGAUUUACCUGAAGGUGAACAUCAGUAUAAGUUUUGUGUUGAUGGAAAUUGGCGCUGCGAUCCAAAAGUUUCAAUGAUUGAUAAUGACCCAGGAAUUACAAAUAAUAAAAUUGUUGUUAAGAAAACUGAUUUUGAAGUUUUUCAAGCAUUAGAUGUAGAUGCUAUUGGAGAGAAUGGCAAUGAAAAAAGUGGGUUUUCUCAAGAAAUUCCAUCAUCUGUACCUUGGCAAAAAGUAUCAGGUCCUCCAAUCUUACCACCACAUCUUUUACAAGUUAUACUGAAUAAAGAUACUCCUUUGUCGUGUGAGCCUACACUUCUUCCAGAACCUAAUCAUGUAAUGUUGAACCAUUUAUAUGCUCUUUCUAUUAAAGACGGCGUUAUGGUUUUAAGUGCUACACAUAGAUAUCGUAAAAAAUAUGUUACCACUUUGUUGUACAAACCAAUCUGAUAUAGUAUACAAGUA